ACACUCUAACACUUAUAUUUAUUGCCUCCAAAACUACAUCAACCACAAUCCAAGAGGACCCUAGUUAUGUCACGUCCCUAUCAACUUUCUGUGCAAACGAUGAAGAAGGCAGAGCUGGUAUUCGUCCCAAUGCCUGGAAUAGGCCAUUUGGUAUCGACAGUGGGAGUGGCCAAGCUUUUGGUGGAUCUUAAUUCCAACCUCUUCGUCACCGUCCUCAUCAUCAAGCCACCUUACGACCCAAAUUUAACCGCAUACGUCGACUCUCUCAUUGCUGAUACCGAUAGCAUCUCCACUCACAUCAAAUUUAUCAACCUGCCUCAAGAUAAAACCCAACAAGGUAUUCCUCUUAACAAGUUCAUUACUACUAUAAUACAAAGCCAGGGGCCCCACAUAAAAGAGGCCGUCGCCAAAAUAGUUCACUUCUCCAGCUCCGUGCCCGACUCACCUCGACUCGCUGGGUUUGUUCUCGACUUUUUUUUAACUGCUUUGGUAGAUUUGGCUAACGAAUUUGGUGUUGCUAGCUAUGUCUUUUACACGUCGAGUGCAGCUUCUCUUGGCUUUCAAUUUUAUAUGCAAGCUCUUCAUGAUGAGCAGAACGUUGACAUCGUCAAGUUAAAAGGCUCGGACGCUGAGUUCACCAUACCUUCCUAUUUUAACCCAAUUUCUGCUAAAUUCUUUCCCACCAUCAUGUUCAAGCCCGAAACUUCAACUAUUAUGCACAAUGUGUCAAGGGAGCUUAGGAAAGUCAAAGGUAUCAUGGUAAAUACAUUUUCAGAGCUUGAAUCCCAUGCAGUCAACUCCCUUACUGAUGGUAAAUACCCGGCUGUUUACCCUGUGGGACCAAUAUUGAAUCUCAAGGGUGCAAGUGGGGUCCAUCAGAAUUCUUAUAUCAUGAAAUGGCUUGAUGAACAACCUCUUUCAUCUGUCGUGUUUCUCUGCUUCGGGAGCAUGGGGAGCUUUGGUGGGGAUCAGGCGGAAGAGAUUGCCCGCGCAUUGGAGCAGAGUGGACACCGAUUUUUGUGGUCCCUACGCCAACCCUCAGUCGAAGGUAUGAUGUUAAGCCCAACUGAUUACGAGAACGUGGCAGAGGUAUUACCUGAAGGGUUCUUAGAACGGACGGCCACGAUUGGUAAGAUCAUCGGAUGGGCCCCGCAAGUGGCCAUCUUGGGCCACCCAGCGAUUGGAGGGUUCGUGUCUCACUGCGGGUGGAAUUCUACGCUGGAGAGUAUAUGGUUUGGAGUACCAAUGGCCACGUGGCCUCUUUACGCAGAGCAACAGUUGAAUGCGUUUCAAAUGGUGAUGGAGCUGGGAUUAGGGGUGGAGAUUACGUGGACUUAUGAGACCAUGGAAAUUGUGAGUGCUGAGAAUAUAGAGAGAGGAAUCAGGUGUUUGAUGGAGCAGGAUAGCGAUGUUAGAAACAGAGCAAAGGAAAUGAGUAAACAAAGUAGGAAGGCUUUGAUGGAAGGUGGAUCUUCACACUCCAUGUUAUGUCGUUUCAUCAACGAUGUAAUUGACAACAUGCCAUAAAAUUUGAAAUGUAAAAAUUAAUAUUGUUAUGAAUA